AACUUCAUCACACCGUCCGUUCAUCGCUACGUGUCCGCCCGCCGAAGGCUACGUUAAAACGCGCUGGAUCAGCGUGGAACCCAGUCGCUGUUCCGGUUAGCAACUCGGCCCAGGCAUGGGAGAAAUAGUCCUGCCGAGGCGCAUGUUCCUCUGGAGCAUGUCGCUCAUCUAUGUGGCCGCCUUUGUUUCCCUGUAUGUGCAGAUACCAGGUCUCUAUGGUAACGAUGGGUUGUUGCCGGCUCGUUGGCAGCUGCCAUACAGCGGUAAGUCCCUCAAGGAACAGCUGGUGUCCUCUCCCACCCUCCUGUGGCUCGGACCUUGGCUCGGCCUGGACACGCACACUGCCAUGGAGCUGCUGUGUCUCAUUGGGGCCGCGCUGAGCCUCGCCGCCACGCUGGUGGAGGCUCUGCGAGACAGCGUGGUGUUUUUCUGCCUCUGGGCCUUGUACCUGUCCAUGUACCAGGUGGGCCAGGUGUUCCUCUACUUCCAGUGGGACAACCUGCUCCUAGAGACCGGUUUCCUCUGUAUCCUCGUUGCUCCACUGACAAUAAUCAGAGGGUCACGCGGGGUAAGGGAGCACGAUCGUGUGACCUUCUGGUUGAUCCGCUGGCUUCUCUUCCGGCUCAUGUUUGCUUCUGGUGUGGUGAAGCUCACAUCACGCUGUCCCACGUGGUGGGGCCUGACAGCUUUGACGUAUCACUAUGAGACUCAGUGUAUUCCGACACCUCUGGCCUGGUUCGCCCACCAUUUGCCCAUGUGGUGGCAGAAGCUCAGCGUGGUGGGAACCUUUGUCAUCGAGAUCGCCGCACCUUUUUUGUUCUUCAGUCCUAUACGUCGGCUGAGACUUGGCUCUUUUUACUUGCAGGUGCUGCUGCAGGUUCUCAUUAUCUUGUCUGGAAAUUACAACUAUUUCAACCUGCUGACAUUGGCUCUCUCCCUGUCACUGCUGGAUGAUCAGCAUGUUCAUUUCUGGUUAGGCAGGGUAGACAAGACCAACAACAGCGAGUCCAGACUGUGGUCGUGGCUGUUUUAUCUGGUGGAACUGGCAGUUUGGUCCCUCAUGGUCUUUGGAUCAAUUAUAUGCUUUGAUCUAAAGCUGGAUACGGUGAAGAAGGGCAUCUCCUCCAGAACCGCAAUCACAUUUCACCAGUUUAACCAGUUUCUGAAGACUGUCAUAAUCCCCUCUAUCUGGAUUGGGGUUCUCUCUCUCACCUGGGAAAUGAUAACAGCGAUGUUCAGGUGUGCGUGUGUCUCUGGUUUCCUGAAGAGGUUUUGGGGCACCGUUCAGUGGACUGUGCUCGCUGCUGCUGCUGUUGCCAUGUUCACUGUCAGUCUGGUUCCCUUCACCUAUAUUGAGCAUGACUCUCAUGCCAGGUUGUGGCCAGGAGUGCGUCGGACCUAUGAGCUUGUGGAUCGCUACCAGCUGGUCAAUUCGUACGGCCUCUUCAGAAGAAUGACAGGUGUUGGCGGGCGGCCAGAAGUCAUCAUCGAGGGAAGUAAUGACGGAAUCACGUGGACGGAGAUUGAGUUUAUGUAUAAGCCUGGGAACCUAAGUGCACCUCCCGCUGUGGUGACGCCUCACCAGCCCAGGUUGGACUGGCAGAUGUGGUUUGCUGCCCUCGGGCCUCAUACACAGGCUCCGUGGUUCACCAGCCUCAUGUACAGACUGCUGCAGGGAAAGAGAGAUGUGAUCGAGUUGAUUCAGACAGAUGUGUCUCAGUAUCCGUUCCACCAGCAGCCUCCUGCCUACGUCCGAGCUCAUCGCUACAGAUACUGGUUCACUCUACCCAAAGCUGAUGGCUCUUACCCACAGCGCUGGUGGAGGAGGGUCUAUGAUGAAGAAUUCUAUCCCACAGUGCACCUGGGUAACACAGCCCUGGAGAGCCUGCUCAAUCAGUAUGGACUCAAGGACAAAUCGUCACCACGUCCCAUGUCCAACAGGACCGUUGCCCAGGCGGUCAGGUGGGUGCGUUCACAGGUCAGAGGAGUUCCUGCCCACACACUCAUCUGGACCCUCAUUGCCUGCAGCGCCACCUUCUGUCUCCUCCAGGGAUUGCGAAACAGGAGCAAAGAGAGCCCACUUGCUGAGGAGGCUGCUGUGACUGUGACCGAUCAGACGGGUGAUCAAAAAGAGGAGGAGGAAGACGAAGAAGAGCACAGUGAAGAUGAGGAAGAAGAGAAGGACAAUGUUGGUGAUGACGAGGAGGGUGAGGAAGAAGAAGAGGAGGAGGAGGAGGAUGAUAAAGCAAGACAAGGGAAAGAUGAGAUCCUCCAAAAGGAAAAGAUCUGAUAAAGUUUCAGGUAUUGACUACUAUCAUCGCCUGCCUUGACAUGUUUUCAAAAUGACCAAAGAAAUUAUUUUCAUUCUUUGUAUAUUUUGUUCUCAAUCAACUAAUUUACAGAAAAAGUUAUUUACAGCUUUUCACCUGCGACUUCCUGCAGUACAGUGUUUGUCAAUCAGCUGUCUACAUCAGAAACCAGUCACCUAAUCACUGUGGAUCAUUGGUUUUUAUUCAACAGAGCUCAUGUUACAGAUCACACAUUUUAAAACUUUCCUUAUUGGAUUGCUCAACUUUCAAAGGGACAUUUAUUCAGCAAAUCAAAUCAUGUGGAAUCAAAGUAGAAACACUGAAUUUGAAAUAUAAGAAUGCUUCUGUUUUUUCCAUGUUACUGUGCCACUUCUGUUUUUGUAAAGUGUGGUUGCACUCGUGUUGUUGUGUUUGUGUAUGUCUGGGUUUGUGCGUGUUUGUGCUGUGUUUGUUCCUUGCCUCUAUUGCUGUAUGCACAGAACUUUACAGUAACUCUGCACCUUUUCUUUGUUUUCACAUUACUGUGUCCUUUUUCAUUCUCAGUAAUCGAGAUGGAAAAUUCACACCAAAUAUUGCAGUACUUAAAACAGUACAGUUUUUUUUAGAAGAUGAAAAUGCCAUGAAAUAAAAAUGCUUUUCUUUAACUUUGUAUUGAAUAUGUGUCGUAAUGAGGUUACAUAUCCACCAGUUUCAUUUUAAGAACUUUGUGUGUGUGCACAAGAUUUUAUAUACAGCUGCUCAGGAUAUAUUCUGUGAUAACGAUAAUUCCAGCUAUAGUAUAAUAUAAAGCAUAUCAUUUUCAUCA